CAGGCCUUCCUUUCAAACCAUCCUUCAACUGCCUUUUUUUUCUUUAUCCACUGGUGCCAAGACUUGGGCGCCUUCACUUCAUCAGUUGCGUCUUCUCGUACCCCAAAAAGUAGAAGGCAGACAUGAAACUCUCGGUGCUGCCGCCUCUGAUGAUCCUUUGCUCAGAAUUCUUGCUCCAAAAUCCUCCUCUCACAACGGCUCUCCCCGUUGCACCACUCACCACCCACUUUGAGCAAACAGUGACUGCUGUGAGGCACCCCUCCAAUGUAAUCUUCCAUCCAUCAACUCGUUCCUGCGUCCUUCGCAAAUCUCUAAAUGAGCCAUUGAAGCUUGGUCCUUGCAACCAAUCUGAUGCCUGGAGCUACACGCCGCAAAAGAUUUUGAUGGUGAGGGGCACGUAUUUCUGUCUCCAAGCCGUGGACUCAGGGAAGCCGGCGAGGCUCGGAGUCGUCUGCUCUUCUGAUUCCGAAUGGGAAGUGACAUCGAGCGCCAAACCGCAUCUUUCGACAAAGCGAGCAGAUGGCAGUCUUUUGUGCUUGGAUGUUGAUCCUGGGAACACUCUCAUCACCAAUCCAUGCCUGUGCUUGAGCAAUCAAAGUUGUGAGGCCGAUAACCAAUGGUUUGAGAUCACGCUUCAAAACAAAUAUUAGAUCGCUGGGAUCGCUCCUUUCGUCUUCUAACACUGUUUCCAGUUUAUCGUAAGAUCACAAUAACGAGGAUGAGGGGAUACUUAUGUAUAUCAUAAAGAUAUCUUCGCAUUUAGUGAUCAACUUAUGUAAUAGUUAAACGUUUUCGUAUGUUCAUGAAUAAAGUAUACUUAUGAAUAAAGAAAUGCAUGUCAACAGAG